AUUUGCAGUAACAGGUAUUCAUGAAAUGUCAGUAUAGUCCCAGGCCCAGAUUCGUUGUGAACAUUAUACAACACUUUAUUAAAUUAUAGACUGUGGUCUUCUUUGAGUCAAUAAUGAAACUCUACAGCGUUGUCGAUGGUCCACCAUCUCUUGCCUGCCGCCAAGCUUUAAAAGCUUUAAAUAUUCAGUACGAAUUAGUGGACGUGAAUUUUAAUAAAGGAGAACACAUGACAAGUGAAUAUGCACAAUUAAAUCCACAAAAAGAGAUACCUGUAUUAGUCGACGAUGAUCUUAUAAUGGGAGAAAGUAAUGCCAUUUUACAAUAUCUUGGAGACAAAUAUGACACAACCGGAAAGUUCUACCCGAAGGAACCAAAAGCCAGGGCAAUAGUUAAUCAUCGAUUGUGCUUUAAUUUGGCUAUGUACUAUCGUAAUAUUGCUGAAUAUGUGGUGGCUCCUAUGUUUUAUGAUUAUAAAAGAACCCCUCUGGGUUUAAAGAAAAUGACAAUAGCAUUAGAUGUUUUUAACACAUAUUUACAACGUGAGAAUACAGAAUAUGCUGCGAGUAAUACGCUGACUAUUGCCGAUUUCCCUUUAAUUACUGCAACCAUGUGUCUAGAAGCGAUCGAUUUUAAAUUAAAUGCAUGGCCUUAUGUAGAAAAAUGGUACAAUAAUUUUAAACGGAAACAUCCACAGUUAUGGGAAAUCGCUGAAGGAGGUAUGCAAAUACUUAGUGAUUGUGAGAAGAAUCCGCCUGAAGUAUCUAUGGACCAGCAUCCGAUCCACCCACUUCGCAAAAAUAAGUAGUUUUAUGCUAAUUGCAAGUAUAAUUAUUGAGUAUAACAGAUCUAUGUGAAAUACUAAAAUAUUUGCAACUAUUUCUAAAAUUAGAUAUUAAUAUCACUAUGUUCUAAUAAAUUAAACAUUUUUAUUGACAUAACGUGAUAGUUGUAAUUCUUUGAAUAUUAAUUUUAAAUUAACUAAAGUUAUGAUGUAUAUACAUAUAUGUAUAUAAAUAAAUUAACUAUUAUCUAACAAUUAUAUAUAUUUUUUUAUGUAAGUACAACGUUUAAUGAUUUGUAUAAUUGACCAUAUGCGUCAUAGAGUUAGAAAGUAUUCUAUUUGAGCUAAAUGUAUAAUGUAUAAUAUGGAAAUAAACAAGUAACAAUGACAACAAUCCCUUA